CCGACCGUCCCCGUCCGAUUCGUCCCGCAGAGGGGAGCCUGUGAAGAGGCAGAGCAUAGCUUCGCUGCAGAAACAGCGGCAGUGUGGAUCCAUGCUCUUACCCACAGACCCCCCUCCGAAACCGGAUCCCAUCACAACAGAGACUGUUGUCUUCUGGGGGCUACGGUUAUGGCAGGUCGUGGGGAUAUUUUCCAUGUUUGUCCUUGCUAUUGUGAUCACUCUCUGCUGUAUCUUCAAAUGCCGUAUUCCCCGCACGAAAAAGGAGAUUGAGGCACGACAUGCCCAAAGACUAGCAGCGAAGACCUACGCGGACACACUGGAGACAGUUCCUCCCCUCAGCGAACUCACAGAGAUACCAGGCUCUGCAAAAGUGGAAGAAAAAGAGGUUGAUACAGUGGCUGGAAAAGUGGACGAGAAGGAAGGGAAGAAAAAGAAAAAGGCAAAAGAAGGAGCAGAAGGGGAAGGGGAUGGUGAGGAAUCUGGAGAGAAGAAAAAGAAGAAGAAAAAGAAAGAUGAGGAAGAGGAGGAGCCACAGGAAGAAGAGGAAAAGAAACCAAAGAAAAAGAAGUAAACAACUGUCACGCAUCUUUACAAA